GGAGCUCUAUUGUACAAGACAAAUGUGGUGACUUAACACAUAUGGAAUUGGGUACUGUCGCUACAAGGUGAGUGUGCGUGUGUGUGUGUGUGAUUGUGUGACAGGGAGAAAGAGUGUGAGAGAGAGAGGUCCUCAGCUCAGACUUUUUUGCAGAACAGUGGAGAUAGAGAGAGGGGGAAAGAAAAAAAGAAAAGAACCCUUGUUUCCUUUUUUGGUGAGCAGGAAAUUGAUACUUCGGAGCGGAGCAGAGAGGGAGACAGCGGGACAGAGUAGAGAGAAGUUCUCCCCUCAGACUUAACAAAGGACAAGUUAGGGGAAGCAGAGAGUUACCUUACAGAGCGAAAGAGCCAGUGUCGGGCGGACAAGCAACAGAGCAGAGAGCCGAACGAGUGUGUCUUAGAAGGAAGGAAGGGAAGAAGGCGAACGAAAGAGGCAGAAAGGGGAAAGACAGAGAGAGGGGAGAGGCAGAAAAAAUUGUGGUCCCGCCCCAUUCUCUUGUCCCUUGUUUAUCAUGGCUGUGAGAGAGUGAAUGACUGCAUGCCUAGUCAAGUUCCCUAAAGUCUAAACAGAAAGAAAAAGAAGAAGGAGAAAAAGAGACAAGGAGAGAGGGGAGGGGAUAGACAAGCCGUGUGUAAGGAAGAGAGGAGAAGAGUGUGGGCAAGAGAGAGAAAAGGCGAGAGAGAGAGAAUGAGAGAGCGGGGGAAGGAGGCAGACAAGGAGGAACUUCGGCUGAGAGGAGAGGAGUGUAGCGGUUUGGAGUAGAGAGAAAGAGAGAAGUAGUGUGGAGUGGAGGAGUUUAGCAGAGUAGAGGGGAGUUGGUCGAUUACAGAGGAGGAGUGGAGAAGAGCAGAGUGAGGAGUGGAGAGGAGUGUAGCAGCUUAGAGUAGAUAGAGUGGAGCACAGAGGAGUGAAGUUUAGCAGUGAGCUAUUUAGCGGAGUAGAGUGGAGGAGAAGAGAGUAGAGAGGAAUGAAGAGGAGUGGAGAAGGGAGGAGAGAGGAGUACAGAGGAGCGGCAUAGAGCGGAGCGAAGAGGAGUGGAGUGGAGCGCCCAGCUUGCCAGAGAGGAGGACCAGGAUCAACAGAGGACACACUUCUGUGCCCUACUCUACUCUACUCUGCACUAGACUACUCUGACCCCAGGAGGAGCGGAGACGUGGACUGAGGAUGCGGCGAUGAGUAAAGUAAAUGAAGAGGCGUGACAAAGAGGAGCAGCCAUGUCGUUCUUUGGCCUGGAGUGUGUGAGGAAAAAAAAAAGAGAGGAGGAAAGGAGACUGAAAGCCAAUGAUAGAGAUUACAAUCUCUCCUUCAAGUAUGCGACCAACUCCAUCAAGACCUCCAAGUACAACCUCCUCACCUUCCUGCCCCUUAACCUCUUUGAGCAGUUCCAGAGGAUAGCCAAUGCCUACUUCCUCGUCUUACUCGUACUGCAGCUCAUUCCCGCCAUAUCGUCACUGUCAUGGUUCACAACGGUGGUGCCCCUGGUCAUGGUGUUGAUUUUCACUGCAGGCAAAGAUGGCCUCGAUGACAUUAAUCGCCACAGGAGUGAUAGAAAGGUGAACAACCGCAAAGUCCAGGUUCUCAUCAAUGGCGAGCUCCGCAGUGAAAAAUGGAUGGACGUACAAGUGGGGGACAUAAUCAAACUAGAAAACAACCAGUUUGUCACGGCAGACCUGUUGUUGUUAUCGAGCAGUGAGCCUCUCAACCUGGUGUACAUAGAGACGGCGGAGCUUGAUGGAGAGACGAACCUGAAGGUGAAGCAGGCUCUGACCAUCACUGGAGACAUGGGAGACAGCGUGGCUGACUUGGCUGCAUUCAAUGGUGAGGUGCGCUGCGAGCCCCCUAACAAUCGCCUGGACCGCUUCACGGGCACCCUGAGCUAUGCGGGCCAGAAGUACCCCCUGGACAACGAGAAGAUCCUACUUAGAGGAUGCACACUCAGGAACACGGACUGGUGCUUUGGCCUCGUCAUCUUUGGAGGCCAGGAGACCAAACUGAUGCAGAAUUGUGGGAAAACAACCUUCAAGAGGACAAGCAUUGACCGACUCAUGAACGAAUUGGUGCUCUGUAUCUUUGGCUUCCUGGUCAUCAUGUGCUUCAUCCUGGCCAUCGGUAACCUCAUCUGGGAGGUGCAUGAGGGGUCAAAGUUCACGGUCUUCCUGCCCAGAGAGGAAGGGAUUAACGCUGGCUUGUCCUCCUUCCUCACCUUCUUUUCCUAUGUCAUCAUCCUCAACACUGUGGUGCCCAUAUCUCUCUAUGUCAGUGUGGAGAUCAUUCGCCUGGGCAACAGUUUCUUCAUCGAGUGGGACCGUAAGAUGUACCACGCGCGCAGUGACACCCCGGCAGAGGCCCGCACCACCACCCUGAACGAGGAGCUGGGCCAGAUCAAGUACAUCUUCUCAGACAAGACCGGCACCCUCACGCAGAACAUCAUGACCUUCAACAAGUGCUCCAUCAACGGAAAAUGCUACGGUGAUGUGAUUGACUACUCUGGACAGAGGCUUGAGAUCACUGAGGACAUGGAGUCCGUGGACUUCUCCUUUAACUCGCUGGCGGACCCAAAGUUCCGGUUCUAUGACCACAGCCUGGUGGAGCAGGUGAAGCUGGAGAACACUGAGGUCCACACCUUCUUCCGCCUGCUCGCACUGUGUCACACCGUCAUGGCUGAGGAGAAGAGUGAAGGCGACCUGCACUACCAGGCCCAGUCACCAGACGAGGGCGCUCUGGUCACCGCUGCCCGUAACUUUGGCUUUGUGUUCCGCUCCCGCACGCCAGAGAGCGUGGCCAUCGAGGAGAUGGGGGUGCACAGAGUCUACCAGCUGCUUGCCAUCCUGGACUUCAACAAUGUGCGCAAACGCAUGUCAGUCAUCGUGAGGAGUCCAGAAGGGAAGCUGAGUCUCUACUGUAAGGGAGCGGACACCAUCAUCUACGAGAGGCUCCACCAGUCCUGCACCAAGCUCAUGGACGUCACUACUGAACAUCUCAAUGAGUUUGCAGGGGAUGGCUUGAGGACUCUAGCGUUGGCAUACAAGGACCUGGACGAGGCCUAUUUCACAGAGUGGAAACAGCGCCAUCAUGAGGCCAGCAUUGCACUAGACGAGCGGGAGGAGAAACUGGAGAAGCUGUAUGAGGAGAUAGAGAAAGACCUGCUGCUUUUAGGAGCGUCAGCCAUCGAGGACAAGCUCCAGGACGGAGUGGCCCAGACAAUAGAGCAGCUAGCCAAAGCAGACAUCAAGAUCUGGGUGCUGACAGGAGACAAACAAGAGACAGCGGAGAACAUUGGCUACUCUUGUAACAUGCUGCGGGAGGAGAUGAAUGAGGUCUUCGUAGUGGCGGCUCACACCCCAGAGGGCGUCCGAGAGGAGCUCAGGAAUGCCAGGAUGACCAUGAAGCCAGGCGAUGAGAAGGAGGAGGAGAACUUCAUGUCCAAGUCCAUCUUGGGCAACACACCCAAGAUCGUCCCAGACGAGGUCAUCAGUGGAGAAUUCGGGAUUGUCAUCAACGGGCACAGUCUGGCCUAUGCUCUGGAGCCUGGUAUGGAGGUGGAGUUCCUGCGUACGGCCUGCAUGUGUAAGACGGUGAUCUGCUGCCGGGUCACUCCCCUCCAGAAGGCCCAGGUGGUGGAGCUGGUCAAGCGCUACAAGAAGGCCGUCACCCUGGCCAUCGGUGACGGAGCCAACGACGUCAGCAUGAUCAAGGCGGCCCAUAUUGGCGUAGGCAUCAGUGGGCAGGAGGGCAUGCAGGCGGUCCUGGCGAGCGACUUCUCCUUCGCCCAGUUCCGCUUCCUGCAGCGCCUCCUGCUGGUGCACGGCCGCUGGUCCUACCUGCGCAUGUGCAAGUUCCUCAGAUACUUCUUCUACAAGAACUUCUCCUUCACCUUCGUCCACUUCUGGUACGCCUUCUUCUGUGGCUUCUCUGCACAGACUGUCUAUGAUGAAUGGUUCAUCACUCUCUUUAACCUGGUGUACACUGCACUGCCGGUUCUGGGAAUGAGUCUGUUUGACCAGGACGUGAGUGACAGUUGGAGUUUCGAGUACCCCCAGCUGUACGUGCCUGGCCAGCGUAACCUCUACUUCAGCAAGACGGCCUUCGUCAAGUGUGCCCUCCACAGCUGCUACUGCUCCCUGGUGCUGUUCUUCAUCCCCUACGGGGCCCUCUACGACACAGUCCGCAACGAUGGCAGGGAUGUGGCCGACUAUCAGACCUUCGCACUUCUCGUGCAGACCUGUCUGUGUAUAGCCGUCUGCAUACAGCUGGGCCUAGACAUGUCUUACUGGACCAUAGUGAACCACAUCUUCGUCUGGGGCAGUUUGGCCAUGUACUUCAUAGUCACCUUCACCAUGUACAGCAACGGCAUGUACCAGAUCUUCACGGGAUCCUUCGCUUUCGUUGGUUCGGCGAGGAGUGCUCUAAGUCAGCCUAACGUGUGGCUGACGAUCCUUCUCACCUCUAUCCUGUGUGCGUUGCCUGUGCUCACGCACCGAUUCCUCUUCAUCCAGCUACGGCCCACCAUCAACCAAAAGGUGCGCCUGAAGGUCCUCGAAGCCAAAGUGGCCCCGCCCCCUCCGGCGAGGCGCACGCGCAUGCGCCGCACCAGCUCGCGGCGCUCCGGCUACGCCUUCUCGCACGCCCAGGGCUACGGCGACCUGGUCACCUCCCGCAAGUACCUGCACCGCCCGCCCGUCAAGCAGCGCUCCGCCGGCGGCUUCACCCCCACCAGCCGCACGCUGGCGGCGUUCAACCGCUCCGCCGGGUACAGCCCCACGGGACACAACCUCCUGAACUCCAAGCCGGAGGUGGUGGAGCCCACGUCCCUGCAGAUGUACCGGACCACAGACAGGGACUUCUGAAAGCCCUGAAGGGGCUGAGGUUAAAAGGGAUGGGGCUGGGGGGUGGGAGAGGUUUGGUUAGGAUCGUUUCCUCUGGAGCUUCAAAGCAGCCCACAGAGCAUAAGCACAAAGAAUAUGUUGGAGUGGGCACUUUUUUGUGGCAGGUCGAUUAUUUCUAACAGCACCUGGCUUCAUGUCAGGUGUGAGGAGGAGGCACAUUUCUUUGGUUGAGAUUGAACGUCCCACCAUUAUAUGGACAUCAUGGACACCAAAGACCUCAGUGGUGGACUAAUGUCACCCACCCUCCCCCCUCACUAUGUGGGGGAACAGGGCCGCACUGCCGGGUUCAGGCCCCAGGGGUCGCAACCUGAUGGACACCGAUCUGGAGGUGGAGCCCACAUCGCUUGCAAAUAUGGGAUGGGGGAAAUGGGGAGUUAGCCAGGAUGGUCAGGGAUCAAUCAACAGUUUUAGAGAGCUAGCCAGAUCAGCGACAUGGACGUCUGAAGACGGAGGGGUUGCUGCCGCUAAAGGAGGAUGUGCUCAAGACAAGACAAGGGAGGGGAAGUUGGAUGGGAUCUUUCAGGGACAGAACAACAGCGACUCAGAUUUUCACUGCAGUUUACAGAGCAGCACCAUGACCUGUAUGGAGGGGGGGGGGGGAUUACUUUUCAAGGAACCAAGAUUAUUUCAGGGAUCUACACAAUUUCUAGCAAAAAAAAGCUUGGUUUUGAUCCACAGAGCUAUAAUUGACAUAGUUGGGAGUGAUGCCUGAUGUUCUUGUUUGUUUCAGAGCCAAGGACCACAUAACACCAUUUUUAGCAGCUCCAAUGCUCCUGACAAAAUGUGCAAGACAAGUCAAGUCAAGAGAACCAAAAGAGCAGAGAUGUAUAAGGUA